UCCGGGCGCUGUUUCCUUCCAGUUCCCUCCCAGUGCUCCCAGUAAGCGCGGACCUGGCAGGGAAAGCGCUCCCAAUUCCUUCCGGCUGAUCUCAUGAUCGUUCCCACUUCUGCGCGGAGCGGGGUUAUUUCGGAACCCGCCCAGGGCAGAGCGCGGCUGCUUUUGGGGAUUGUCACUGCCCGGGCCGGGCUGCGAGCGGAGGAGGAGCGGAAGGAAGGGGAGGGACAGAGGAGGAAGAGCGGAAGGAAGGGGAGCAGCAGAGGCACGUUGGUUUCCCCGCCGCCUUCCCCCGCCGCUCAGGCCGAAGCUCCCCCAGUUCCUGCUGCAUCGCCCCCUCCAGGAGCCGCCGACCAGGAGCUGAGGAUGGAGAGCAGGGAGGACAAAUCCCCACAGCAGAACCUUGUGGAAGAGGCUGUUUUGUGCAGCUCCACAGCACAGGAACCCAACGGGGAGGAAAAGCCCAGGAGGUCCCGCACGAGGAGGGGCUGCAAACACAGAUCACGGGGAUCUGAGGAGGAAAGACCCACCCUGGGCUGGGGAGGCAGCCGGAGCUCAGAGCUGGUGGUCGAUGAAGAGCUUCAGGAUGGGGAGAAGCCCCAGAAGUGCUUGAAAUGUGGGAAGAGCUUCAGCAAGAGAUCCUACCUGGUCCGCCAUUGGAGAAUCCACACAGAGGUUCGGCCAUACAAGUGUCCCGAGUGUGGGAAGAGCUUCAGAACGAGCUCCCACCUGACUGUCCACCAGAGGAGCCACAAUGGGGAGAAGCCCCACAAGUGCUCAGAAUGUGGGAAGAGCUUUAGUGAUAGAUGCAACCUCAUCAUCCAUUGGAGAAUCCACACAGAGGUGCGGCCAUACGAAUGUCCUGAGUGUGGGAAGAGCUUCAGGACGAGCUCCCACCUGGCUGUCCACAAGAGGAGCCACACCGGGGAGAAGCCCUUCAAGUGUGGAGAGUGUGGGAAGAACUUCAGCAAGCGCUGCAACCUGAACUACCACCAGCGAAUCCACACUGGAGACAGACCCUACGAGUGUGAUAAAUGCAGGAAGAGGUUUCUGACCAGUUCUCAUCUCCUCCAGCACCAGCCGAUUCACUCAGAUGAGAGGCCCUUCUGCUGCCCUGACUGCAGGAAGGGCUUCAAGGACAACUCCACCCUCAUCAGGCACCGCCGCAUCCACACCGGGGAGAGGCCUGGGGCGAGGCCCUACGAGUGUGAUCAAUGUUCGAAGGCAUUUAAGACCAGCUCCCAUCUCCUGCUGCACCUGCGCACUCACACAGACGAGAGGCCCUUCCGCUGCCCUGACUGCGGGAAGGGCUUCAAGCGCAACACCCACCUCACCAGCCACCGGCACAUCCACACCGGGGAGACGCCCUAUAAGUGUCCCGAGUGUGGGAAGAGAUUCCGGCAUAGCUCAGCCGUGACCCACCAUCAACGGAGCCACCACUAAGGGCAGUCCUGUGAGUGCCCUGAGUGCAGGAAGAGCUUCCUGUGCUGCUCCAGCUCCAUCCCCUAUGGGAGAUCCACCCUGGAUGAUCCCCAGUGAUCCCCGGU